AUGACUUUGGUGAGAACACAGGAUCACCCCUUAUCACCCCCUCAUCACCCCAUCAUCAGCUCUCGUCACCCCUCAUCACCCCAUCACCCCCUCAUCAACCCCUUAUCACCCCUUCAUCACUUUCUCAUCACCCCCUCAUCACCCCUUCAUCAACCCUCAUCACCCCCUCAUCACCCCCAUCACCUCCUCAUCACCCCUUCAUCAAGCCCCUCAUCACCCCCAUCACCCCCUCACCACCCCUCAUCAACCCACAAUAACCCCUCAACACCCCCACACCAACCCCUCAUCACUCCCUUAUCACCCCCAUCACCCCCCUCAUCACCCCUUCAUCACCCCCUCAUCACUCCCUCAUCAUCCCAUCAUCAACCCCUCAUCACCCCCUCAUCAACCCCUUAUCACCCUCUCAUCACCCAAUCCUCAUCCCCUCAUCACCCCUCAUUAUCCCCUCAUCAAGCCAUCAUCCCCUCAUCACCCCCAUCACCCCUCAUCACCCCCAUCACCCCUCACCACCCCCAUAGCCCCCUCACCACCCCUCAUCAACCCUCAAUAACCCCUCAUCACCCCCACACCAACCCCUCAUCACUCCCUUAUCACCCCCAUCACCCCCUCAUCACCCCUUCAUCACCCCCUCAUCACUCCCUCAUCACCCCAUCACCCCCUCAUCAUCCCCUCAUCACCCCCAUCACCCCCUCACCACCCCUCAUCACCCCUCAUCACCCCCAUCACCCCUUCAUCAAGCCCCUCAUCACCCCCAUCACCCUCUCACCACCCCUCAUCACCCCUCAAUAA